AUGUAGCUGUGCCUCUCUCUUUUCCCUGCCGUGGUUGCCUCUCUAGUCUCACCCCAUCUUUAAAUUGAGCUGAGAAGAGGCAGCCAUGAUGGGGUGAGUGGAGAGAGAGGCACAACUGUGGCCAGUUCUGUGCUGGCUUGCUCCAGCCUCCAACACAGCCAACAAAACCGACUCUUGUUUCACAGUAGCUGCCAUUUUCCAAAAUGGCUGUUAAUGGGCUUAGGAUCCAAACUGGCAAGGACCCAAAGAACCAUGGCGAGGGCAAGUCAUUUCAACCCACACCAUUGGCAGCCAACUGGCACUGUGUCCUGGUAAUGUAUGGAAUGUGCCAAUAAAGUGCUGGAAAGGUCCAAAAGGGCAGUGCCCCAUCCCUCCCUGUUCGAUCUCGCCCCUCCUUUUUUGCCAGAGCCAACCGCUCUGCACAGCUUAGCCUGCAUUGUGCCUCAGUCCACAGAGUGAUGGUGGCCACUGGCAAAGAGUUGUAUGUGACCAUUCCUGUUGGGGCUGUAUUAAUGGCACUUUGGCCACAAACAGCUCCCUGCUGGAGCAUGCCCAUUGCAGCUGGGAUAGCUGCCUGGCCUGGCUCAUCAAAUGGAUGACAGGAUCCAGAUUAAUGAGGUACCAGUUGGCAUUGUUAGAAGACCCAGAAGUUGAAUUACAAGUGGCCACCAGCUUAAACCCCGCCUCGUACUUACCGGAUGCUCAUACUGAGAGGAGGGGAACCCACAACUGUCAGACACUGUUACAACAAACUUGGGCAGCCAGACCUGACCUACAGACCAUACCAUUGAAAAAUGCAGAUCUACAGUGGUUCACGGACGGAUCUUCCUUUGUGGAGGAAGGGAUAAGAAAGGCAGGAUACGCAGUAGUGAGCCUAGUGGACACUAUUGAGGCACAACCAUUGCCCACGGAAACAUCAGCCGAAUUGGCAGAAUUAAUAGCAGUAACCAGAGCUUGUGAGAUGGCAGAGGGGCAGACCCUGAAUCUAUACUCAGAUUCCAAAUAUGUACAUAAUAUGGCACAUGCCUAUGCAGCGUUGCACCACGAGCGAGGCAUGUUGGACUCAAAGGGGAAUCCAGUGAAGUACCAACACCAAAUCCAAAAAUUUAUGGAUGCAAUACAGAAACCUAAGAAAUUGGCUUUUAUGCAUUGCAAAGGACACCAGAAAGGAGGGGGUGAGGUUGAAAGAGGAAACCAGAGAGCAGAUGCAGUGGCAAAGCAAGCGGCCCGUUCAGCUGAAAUGAUUAUGGUAUCACUCAUUCCGGACCUAGCAGCUACAGAAGAGGAUAGGGAAUAUGGAAUGGAGGAUGUAAAGCUGGCCGAAGCAAUGGGGGCCAAGAAGCAAGAUGGGAAGUGGUUACUCAAAGGGGGGAAAACAUUAGUCCCCAAGGAACACGUUCCAAAAUUGGUGGAGGGCUUACAUGAGGGGACACACAUGGGAGCUGAAGCAAUGUAUGAACUUAUUCGGAAAAAGUACUAUGCACCAAAUUUAUCUGCCUACACCCGCCAGAUUGCCAGGAAAUGCAUUGAGUGUGCCAAAGUUAACCCCAAUACCCGGCCCCAAGGGCAGGCAGGGCAAGUAGCGAUGGGGGUAGGAUCCAUGGACAUCAUACAAGUAGACUUUACAGAAAUGGUCCGGCAAGGACCUUAUAAAUACCUUCUGGUCAUAGUAUGCACUCUGACUGGCUGGGUAGAGGCGAAACCGUGUAAAGCAGAAAGUGCCCAAGCAAUGGUCAAAUAUCUACUCAAUGACCAUCUACCCAACCACGGACUGCCUACACAAAUCAACUCAGAUAAUGGAGGGGCAUUCGUCAGCAAAGCCGUACAGGACGUUUCCAGAGCUUUGGGAAUACAAUGGAAACUCCAUUCAGCCUGGAACCCCCAGAGUUCAGCGAAGGUGGAAAGAAUGAACAGGACAAUCAAAGAUCAUCUGGCAAAAUUAAUAGAACUCACACAAAUGAAUUGGGUAGCUCUCCUGCCAUACGUGCUAUACAAAAUAAGAAACACCCCAAGAGGGAAAGAGAAGCUAACCCCAUUUGAGGCCAUGUAUGGGAGGGCAUCACCCAUUCUCCGCAUGGGAACUGGGGAUCACCCCCCGUCAACAGCACAGUGGGCCAAGGUAUUACAUGAUGUCUGGGGCUCCCUACAGAAGAAUAUUCCCAUUCCCAUUGUAGAUCCUGUACACUCCUACGAAGUAGGAGAAUGGGUAUGGGUAAAGAAAUGGAAGGUGGAACCUUUGAGGCCUAGGUGGGGAGGUCCAUAUCAGAUUCUGUUAGUCACACCAACUGCUUUGAAAUGUGCAGGAAUAAAGGCGUGGGUUCAUCACACCAGGGUUAAAAGGGCUGAAGCACCGGUUACGUGGACUACACAGAGGAUUGGGGAAACAAAGCUGAAGAUUUGA